CGGGUCUAGAAGUUCAGUUACGUCUGCACUGUUGAAUCUAUACCCUAGUCAGGACAAUGCAACGCCGCAAAAGUCUAUUUGCGCCAUACAUCUCCAGAAACGCAGACACUGUUGCGGAUUUGAAAGUGCAUCCUGCAGACCUGCCACAUGGAGCUCUUGUGCAGACCAGUUGGAUAGAGGAGAGAGUAGAGCGCAGGAGCGAAUGUGACACGUGCGCUAUUGGGGAACUCAGGUUGCCAGGGCUCGGAUACAUCGAACAGGACAAGAGCACCAUCGUCAUAGCGCAAAGGCGGCGGCGCAUGGCUGCAAACGCCCGGGAGAGGAGGAGGAUGCUCGGCCUCAAUGUUGCCUUCGACCGGCUCAGGAGCGUUAUCCCUAACCUGGAGAGCGACAAGAAGCUGUCCAAAUCAGAGACUCUUCAGAUGGCGCAGAUAUACAUAUCGACGCUCAGCGACUUGUUGCAGGACAGGCCCUCCGUAGCGGAAUUCAGCACCACUGAACUUGAGAGCACGGCGAAGGUGGACACGGCCCCAACGGGAAGGCCAACAAUGAACUCCACAGAAGACGCAACUGUAAAGCUACCUGGGCCAGGUACAUACAAUAUAUGUAGAGACAGUGGAAACGUGAUGCGCGCGCCUUUCGAAGAACAGAAGACAGAGUUGCGAGGGUUUAUGAACCUGUGGGAGAGAACUAGUGGCACAAAAUAACUGUAUUUGUUUGUGUUUACUAAUGUAUUUUUUUUCUUCAUACAAAACAUGUUGAUUGUUUGAAACCUUAUGUAGAUGAUCUGGCUGAAGUAAAAACAUAUUUACGCAUCAAUAUGAGCUUUAUCUAAAGGCUUCGGCUUCUUUCGCAUGUCUGAAAGUUAUAGGGGUAGUUUAUGCUCUGUAAAAACGGGCAAUAGAUUAUUCCAAAACAUGAUACAAACGUACAGAAGUGUACAAAAAUACAAAAAAUAUCAGACACGGUAUACUGAAAGUAGCAAUUUUUAUUCUAGUUAAAAUUAUAUACAGGUAACCAAAGACAUUCUUGAAAUUGGUACAAAGAUCAUGUUCCUGCAUUUGGCUUUGUAUACCUUUUUAAUCUGACUUUCAAAUAACUGAGAAAUGCUGUAUAAAA